AUGUCAGCAAUUCUCCUCCUAUUUACCAACAAAGUGAGAACUGAUUCUGAAGAGUACAUUUAUCCAGACAUUGAUAAAGUCAACGUAACCAUUGAGGGUGUGCCAAAUGCUGUCUUCUCCCAGGGUCUUCCCAAAAACAGGUUCUUUGAAGAGGCAAAGCGAUUCUUCUGCCCUAUGUGGGAGAAAUUAAUGGCUGACGAGUUUAUGUCCAUCAGCAAGUUCUUCAGCAACGGUUUCGCUCUAGUGAUCGAUCUUAGGUCAACACAAGAUGAUACCACUGGAGGAGGCAAGAAAAUAGUUAACACACAGUCAGGCGUACUCCUGGAAAUCAAAAAGAGAGCCACAACAGCUGACGUUCAAUGCAACAUCUUUGUUGUAUCAAAUGCUCUCCUCAACUUUGCCAAUAGAGAUCUCUCAAGUAUUCAAUACUAA